GAAAAAAACACACAAACACACACCUCCCAACCCCAACAUAUAUUCUCACACAACCAAACAACCCAACCCCCACACUCACAGACACAGCAUUUUUAAGCAAACAGAGGAGAGAGAGAGGAAAAACUCAGAAAAGCCCAAGCACAAGUCACAAACACUUGCCCAAGAACCUUUUUCUUUUUAACGCUCUCUCUCUCUCUCUCUCUCUCUCUCUCGGUCUCUGCUCACAAAGACCCCUGAUUCUCUCUUUUUCUUUUUCAUUUUCUUUUCUCUUUUCUGAAAAUCGUGCGCUCUUUUUAUGCUCUUUACACAAACACAAUCACACUGUGUCUCCAGCUAGCAAAUAAGCUUUGCAGAGUGGUAUGGCUAUGGGGAUGAAAUGGCUGUACUGAUAAUGGCUCAGCAAGGCGUGCCCAACAAUGCCACUACUAACAACAGUAGCCAGCAGCAGAAACAGAAGCAAGAAGAGCAGCUAUUGAAGCCCAUCUUUCAUGACUUUCUGGGCAUGAAGCCUGGUGAUUCCCCUGUUGUUUUGGCCCCCAAAGCCUCUGAUUGUAGGCUCUCUGAGGUCUCACCCUCAGCUUCUGCUUCACUUGGGGCUUCUUCGGGUGGUGGCCGUGGGCCCAUCUCUACCACCUCUGAUCUGGGUUCUGAAAGACAAGCUGGAAAUCAUCUUGAGGGUGUUCCAUUCUAUGGCCCGAGGAGUGAUAUUUCUGGGCCUGAGAUAAGUAACAGGUUACUAGGAAGUAAGAGGAGUAAUUCGGACUCCACUUUUAAGGGCUCAUCCAGAGAUGGGGUCCCUCAUACCGGUCCUGACUCCCUUGAGAGCUUGCAUUUGAUGAAGAUGCUUCGAAAUGGACCAGGGGGAGAGCGACCUAGAAGGUCCAAUGACGAUGAAGCAGUCUUUGCUACACAGCCGCUGAGGCCAACUUCUGCCUCACAUAUUUUUCAGCCUCCACUUGGUGGUAGAGUUGAUACCAAUAUUUCCAAAUGGGACAGAUCUACUCCCAUGAAUCUGGGUGCUGCGGUACAGUACCCUCCACGAGGAGGUCAUUUCGUACCCUUUGUGCAUCAAUUACCUUCAAACAGAUUUAGGGAUGCCAAUGCCAGUCCAGCUAAUAUCUCUCAAUCAGCUGCUGAUGAGGGAUCUAGAACUGGAAUCAAAGGCCCGGGAAUUUUGAGUUCCAUUAAUGCCAGCAGUAGUGCUCCUGAAAGAAACUCUUCUGGGGUGCUGCCUAGUGGCAGCAGGCAGAAAUCUGGGACUAAUAUUUUAGAGCCAGAACCUUCUACUCCAAGUCGACAUGGAUUUACGUCUGCUGGUCGGCAGAUGACCAUAUUCUAUGGCGGUCAAGCUCACGUCUUUGAUGAUGUCCAUCCAAACAAGGCUGACGUUAUAAUGGCCUUAGCUGGAUCAAAUGGAGGAUCUUGGUCGACAACAUACUCACUAAAACCUACUACGAGGCCGGGCAGUGAAAAUCACAUGCCUAGUGGAGAGGUUGAAGCUGGUACUGCAAGUAACAUAGCAUUGUUAAGAGAAUACCGUGGUAGGUUAUGCAUUCCUGGAAAUUCUAGUCAAGCAGUGGGUUUUGCUGAUCGAGUAUUGACACCGGCAGGUGGCCAUCAAGGCAGCAAUUUAGCCAAAGAUACGAGAAACACAAUUCAAGCAGCAGAACCCAGUUCUAAAGAGAAAAAUGAUCCUUGAUGUUACAGAGUUUUCAUGUUUUGAAUCUAGGAUACAGUAAACCUUUCACCCUUGUAGUUUGAUUGGUAUUUCAAUUUGGUCCCAACUUUUCCAAUUGAACAACAUUAAUCCUAAAAUUUUGAAUUUGUGUUGAAGCC